CAAUAGACGGGACAGAGGAUGAGACCGACAGGUUGAGUUAAUUUCCUACCGGCCACCUGCGCUGGCCAUUUCCCAGUGCUUCUUCAUUUCCAUGCGCAAACAGCUAGUAGCUAGUAUCAUGUCGACAGCCGCCGUGCUCCUCCUCCCACGCUCAAGGCUCAAGCUGCUUUGGCCGUCGUUCUCUUUCGGCUGUCGUGUUUCUCCGAGCGAGCUCAAAGGUCGCCGUGCUCCUCCAUGCGAGCUCUAUGGCAGCGAGCUCCUCCGGCUGUCAUGCUCCCCUGCACUGCACGAGCUACUCCGGCUGCCGUGCUCCUUCGCCCGACCUCCAAAGCAACAAACACCUCCACCGCCAUGUUCCUCUUCCUCCGCGGCCAUUUGCAGUUGCGCGGCGGCGCCCAUCUCCGCUCUCAGCAGCAACAACAAGUUCCACCGCACCGCAGCAACAACAAGUUCCUCCGCAGCUACAGCCUCCUCCUCCUCGCUCUGUAUCUACACCAUUCAGAAAAAUGUGUUUCAAAACUUAUCAUUUUGAUUAUCCCCGCCAUUGAUUGAUUAUCUGUGACAAUUGGCUACAGAUCUUUUCAUAUAUUAAAAAUAAUGUUCUAAAAUUAUUGUUCUAACAAGGAACCAUUAGUACAAAAUUAUUAUUGUUAUAAAACGGAAACCAUUGGUAUAAAAUUUCAGUUUGGAUAAGCACCGGAUUUAGUACAAAAUGUUUAACUUGGAUUAGUACAAAUCACACUUUUGACUAUCUACACCACUAAUAAAAGAUGUUCCUUUUUUUUCUAUAUGCACAACUGAUACAAAAAUUGUGUCUAAAACUUGGUUUUAUAAUUUGAUCAUUUAGACUACCUCCACCAUUAAUCAGUACAAAAUCAAAGUUUAUAAU